AUGAAGCGAGUGCCGCACCCCACCGGUGUGGACAUUAUCUUCGACAGCAAGUGGCACCAGUACAAAAUUGGUAACACCACACUCCGCUCCGUCUCCAAGUUGCUCGACAAGCACUUCCCCUUCGAGGAGAAGCGCAUGCUGGCGGUCGUGUCGAAGAAAACGGGGCAGUCGGUGGAGGAAAUCAAGGCGGGUUGGAACAGGCAGGCGCUCCUCGGCAAGAACAUACACGAGUACAUUGAGAACAAGCUCUGCGGGCGGCCGCCGCCCACGUGGACCCUGCUGCUCAAGCGCCAGCAGCAGCAGGAAAAAGCCCAAAAAGAGGCGGCGGCGGCGGCCAAGAAGAAUAGGCGCGGCGGCAAGAAGAAGACGGACGCCAGCGACAAGGCGGCAGAGGCAGCAGCAUCAAAGACAGACGCCACAUCGCUUGUGGGCGCGAUGCUGCACGGCGAUGAGGCGGCGUACAUGGCAGUGGCGGAUCGCGUCGUGGACACCAUCACCAGCAACUACGACGUGGUGGCGGUCGAGCAGGUCAUCGCGAGCCCAACGUGGGGCAUCGGCGGCACCGUCGACUUCAUCGCGCGCAACCGCCGCACGCAAAAGCUCCUCAUCGGCGACUGGAAGACGAGUGGCAGCGUUGCGAGCGCCUUCCGCUUCGGUGCAUUCGAGACGCCGUGCUGCGGUUGCCUCAUGCACCUCCCCAACAGCAAGUUUCACCGCUACGCAAUGCAGGUGAUCAUCUACGGCGAGAUCCUGAAGCGCGAGGGCUACCUCCGCGACGGCUUCUUCGGGCGCACGGUGGUGCCGCUCAGCGCCAAUGUGACGGACGUCCGCGUAGCGGCGCGCGAUAUGCACGACGCGCUGGAGUACGGCAUCGUGCAGCUGUCGAAGCGUGAGGACGGCGGGGUGGGCGCGGAGUUCAAGAGGGUGACGGAGGCCACGGUGCUGCCGGUCGAUGCCUGCGAUGUCACCUUCAUGCAGCUGUUGCAGAACGUCAUGCGUGGAUAG